ACUGUGCCGCCGCCCUGGCAACAAGCUGAAGAGAUGCACAACAUCCGGCCGGCCUGCAUCAGCAUCAGCUGGACGCGCCUGGGAGGAAGAGCAUCUCCCGGGAUUUCUCAUCGAAGAUGGACACUUUGCAAGCAGCAGAUCCGCGCUAUCUGAAAAGGAGAGUGAAGGGCUGUACUCUCGACGUCCACCCGACCGAGAAAGCCCUCGUCGUUCAGUAUGAGGUGGAGGCAACUAUCCUGGGAGAGCUGGGGGACCCGAUGGUUGGAGAACGCAAAGAGUGUCAGAAAAUUAUUCGCCUGAAAAGCUUGAACACCCACACAGACACGUCCUCUUUGGCUCGGAAGGUGGUGGAGGAAUGUCGGCUGAUUCACCCGUCGAAACUCCGCCAGGUGGAGCAGCUGCUCUUCUAUUUGCAAAACCGCAAACACUCAAAUGACAACCAAGAGAAGAAACGCAUCUCACCUCGAGACUUCACACCUUAUGCAGGAGUGGAGCUGGACGAGGAGGCGAGCAUCAACAGCAUCGACGAGUAUGUGGAGCUGCUGUAUGAGGACAUCCAGGAGAAGAUCAGAGGAGCCACACUCAUCUUCCAGCUGGCUCGUAACCCGGACAACCUGGAGGAACUCAUACAGAACGAGACGGCCCUUGGAGCCCUGGCCAGAGUUUUGAGGGAGGACUGGAAGCAGAGCGUGGACCUGGCAACAACCAUCACCUAUGUCUUCUUCUGCUUCUCCAGUUUCUCCCAGUUCCAUGGCCUGGUCACACAUUUCAAGAUUGGGGCCCUGUGUAUGAACAUCAUUGAGCAUGAGCUGAAGAGGUGUGACCUCUGGCAAGACGAACUACAGAAGAAAAAGAAGGCCUAUGAAGAAUUCUCUGAGAACCAGAGUCUGAAGAAAGAACAUGAGAAGUCCUCCAGAAAGUACCAGAGCCUUCUGACCAAGCAGGAGCAGCUUCUCAGAGUUGCUCUGUGUCUGCUGCUGAACCUGGCUGAAGACACCCGCACAGAGCUGAAGAUGAGGAACAAAAACAUCGUCCACAUGCUGGUGAAGAUCCUGGACCGGGAAGACGAGGAGCUGCUGCUGGUGGUGGUGUCCUUCCUCAAGAAGCUCUCCAUCUUCCUGGAGAACAAGAAUGACAUGGCUGAAACAUUUGCCGUGGAGAAGCUGGCUCGGCUGGUGCCCUGCGAGCACGAGGAGCUCCUGAGCACCACCUUACGCCUCCUGCUCAACCUCUCCUUCGACACGGCGCUGCGCAGCCAGAUGGUCCAGGCAGGACUCGUUCCCAAACUCUCCUCCCUGCUCGCUGAUGAGGACCAGAGGCAGCUCAGCAUGUGCAUUCUGUACCACAUCAGCAUGGACGACAGAUUCAAGUCCAUGUUUGCCGACACAGACUGCAUACCGCAGCUGAUGAAGAUGGUGUUUGACUGUGGGGAGGAGAAGAUGGAUGUUGAGCUCCUCUCACUCUGCAUCAACCUGGCUGCUAACAAGAGUAAUGCCCAGGUCAUCUGUGAAGGUAACGGUCUGAAGAUGCUGAUGAAGCGUGCUGUGAAGCUGAAGGAUGUUCUAGUGAUGAAGAUGAUCAGAAACCUUUCUCAGCACAACGGACCCACCAAGAGCCUCUUCCUGGACCACGUUGGCGACCUGGCAGCUCAGAUCACUGAGGAGGAGGCCGAGGAGUUUGUGAUCGAGUGUCUGGGCACGCUGGCCAAUCUGACCAUCCCCGACCUGGACUGGGCGCUGGUACUCAAGGAGUACAACCUGGUGCCCUACCUGAAAGACAGACUCAAACCAGGUUCUGCUGAGGAUGACCUCAUUCUGGAGGUGGUGAUCAUGAUUGGCACCGUGUCCAUGGAUGACUCUUGUGCAGCCAUGCUGGCCAAGUCUGGCAUCAUUCCUGCUCUCAUUGAGCUGCUGAACGCCCAACAAGAGGAUGAUGAGUUUGUGUGUCAGAUUGUCUACGUCUUCUACCAGAUGGUCUUUCACAAAGCUACCAGGGAUGUCAUCAUCCAGGACACACAAGCCCCUGCUUACCUCAUCGACCUGAUGCACGACAACAACGCAGAGAUCCGCAAAGUCUGCAACAACACACUGGAUAUUAUCGCUGAAUAUGACGAGGAGUGGGGAAAGAAGAUCCAGGCUGAGAAGUUCCGCUGGUACAACGGUCAGUGGCUGGAGAUGGUGGAGAACCGUCAAAUGGACGAAGCAGGAGAGCCCUUCCUGUUCGGGGAGGACGGAGAAUCCUUCACCGGGGACGGAGACAUCCUGGAGAGACCUGACCUGUUCUACAGUGCUGAUGGGGUCAUGUCAGCAGACGGGGCCUUCAGUCCUGAGUUCUACACCGACUUCCAGAAUGGAGAGCUGGGACAGACCGGAUACAUGAGCAGUGUGUCAGAGCAGUUUGUUCCAGCAACAGAUCGACCCGUCAGCGCCUACGGCUUCCGCCCUGAUGAACAGUUUUUCUACAACAACUACAACACUGCCUCCCGGUAAACCUGGAACCUGCUACACGCUGUCUCACACAUAAAUACUGUAGAAACGUAGUUCACUCUGCAGACGUGUCUCUGAUAUCCACGGUGUGCUACUAAAGCUGCGUGUAGACUGUGGAGGAGUAGUAUCAACACGUCUUUUCUUUGUGCAUCUCUCAGCGCUCUACAGGUCCUCACUGCAAAUCAUCUUAACCAUCACUGAGUCUGUUAAUAAUAAUAAUAAUAAUAAUUAUAAUCAUUUUCUUGAUGUUAAAGCACCAAAAGUAAUCUGUUUGAAUAUACUGACACUCAUUCAGGGUAAAUUCCUGAAAGGAGGAGCUGCGCAGGAAGUAUCCCGCCCAAAUAAAAGUUUAAAAAUAAUUAUUUUCCUUUUUCAAGAAUAAAAUGCUUAAGACUCCCCAGUGGAAGUACAUGACUCAUUGAUACAGACCUCGCAAACCUAUAUGUUGAAGUCAGUCUUAGAUUCCAUUUUAGUUUUAGUCAAACAAAUUUGUAAGCAACAUUUUAAUGUUUGCUUUGCUUAAGUGAUUAAGCGAGUGAUGCUGUGUAACAGCUUAAUAUUUUUCUGUUUCAUGAUAAACUCUAGUCUGAUUUUUCUGUCCGGUUUGACACAACCGCAUGUUUCUUGUUUACCACAGUCUGCCUAAUGUGAUGAUUCACAAACCUCAUUUUGGGCAAAAGAAAACAGCAGAACGAAUGAGUGUGUUUCAGAGGAUAAGUCUGGUGUUAUUCUUUAUUUUUCUUAUUGUCAGCAAAUCUCUUGUGCAGACUCAAACAACAUGUCAGUCCGUCCCUCAGUACCGUCUGACUUCCUGUCUGUGGCUCUCAGCUCCCAUUGGUUCCUGCUGAAAACGUAAAUCUUUAAAAACACCUCACAAAUAUAUAGUUUCAUGUUUAAAAAGGCUCUGUAAUUUCCUAAAACAGC